AUGGAGAACGGAAAUACGCCUUUCAUCGGGGACGCCUUGUACAUUAGUCUGGACGAAAAGAAGACCUUGUCUCUACCUGCAAGCGCCAACUUCCUUACACUUUUUGAUUCCUCUGGCAAGCGACAGGUGCCACUUUAUAACGUCAUAUGGAUAGAAAUCGCCAAUGGUAAUCUCUUCAUUGACUAUGCGGCACAGUCGUCAAAAACGCAUGUCAAACUUGAGAGGUGGACAUUUGCGCUUGCGAAAGACAAUGAAUCCCUAGGUAGCCUGCGGCCAGAAGAAUUUACGGCUCGUGUUCUUGAACGGGCAUAUGGGGAUUCUCAGCUUCGUAAAAGAGCAUAUGUGCUCAUUAAUCCCCAUGCCGGCCCAGGGGGCGCUCUGCGCAAAUGGAGUAACGAGGUCAAGCCGCUUUUCGAUGCUGCCCGCAUGGAACUGGACGUCGUCACAUUGAAACGGGGCGGAGAGGCCACAGAUCUCGCUGAACAAGUCGACAUUGACAAAUACGAUACCAUUAUGGCAUGUUCUGGUGACGGCACUCCUCAUGAAAUCUUUAACGGUCUGGCAAAGCGUCUUAUUCAUUUAAUAUAA